AUGACCGACAUAGCCGCACUGGAGAUUUUGAGUAGCCAUAUAAAAAGUUUCCAGAAGCUUCCUGACCCGCCCGAUUCCCUCAGUGAUGCCGCGUUUGAUAACUACAAAACAAGCUUGGAACAGUCGAUUGAUAAAGCUGUUAAAUCCGUCCAAGAUGUCAGCGGAUACGUAGAAAACAUCACCAAAAAGCUCGAUGAACUGAAGAAAUGUCUACCAGAACAAGUUAAACGAAUACAAGAUGCAAUCAAGGCCUUGUUCAGGAGACUCGUCGUUGCGCAACCCGGAGGUACACUGUCUAACAAACAUUUGAAGAUUAAAGGUACACGGCGUAGCGCGAAUUUAAAAUUAAUAGGUGCACUGCCUGUGAGAUUGGAUGUUGAAGGUGCACUGCCUAACGCGAGUUUGGAGGUUGAAGGUGCACUGCCUAACGAGAAUUUGAAGGUUAUGCAGAGAAUACAUGACUUGGAGAUGAAGGCGAACGAGCUAACGAACCAACGUCUAUUUGAGCUCAUAUCUAUGACAACGUCUGCCUGUGCACGACUAAAAGACGGUGCAUCUCUAACCAUGGAUGAUAUCGAUAACUUGAAAGGUUGUCUAGAAAGCUGGGUUAAAACAAAACAAGAAAGUUUUGAAGAUGAAAAACGUCGCAAAGAAGAAGAAAAACGACGUAAAGAACAAGAAGAGAGGCGACGUCGCGAAGAAGACGAGAGGCGAAAACAGGAAGAAGAUGAAAAGAAAAGACAAGAGGAAAAAGAGAAAAAACUGCGCAAGGAUGAGGAGCGGAGAAGUCGGGAAGAGAAAGAAAGGCAAAGGAAAGAAGAGGAAGAGCGACAGAGACGAGAGGAAGAAGAGAGAAAACGUGAAGAAGAAGAAGAAAGGAAACGACAAGAGCAAGAAGAGAGAAAACAGGAAGAAGAAAAAAGGAAACGACAAGAGGAAGAAGAGCGAAAACGGCAGCGCCUCCGGGAAAUAUCGCGAGAGAAGAUGUGGAAUGUAACACUAGUGACGAGCUUGAUGACGUUAUUGAGAUUCUUGACGACGGUGAAAAACCGGCUAGCUAUAAUUUAUAUAUAUAUGACUCAAACCAGAAACAAAGUUUUAUCCUGUAUUUAG